CAGACAGCAGCAGGAGCACUGGUCUCUCUGACGGAACCAGGAGGGAAAGGAGAUCGAAAUGGCAGGGCUGAGAGACCCCACCGCACCGUAGAACUAAGAGCAGACCCACGCGCCGGCCCGUCUUUCCGGAAAAUCUCUCUCUCUUUUAUUCUUAUCUAAUCACUUUUUUUUUAAAACCGCUGUUGGCUUUUUCCUCCCCCCUCCUCCUCCUCUCCCUCCUUCACUGUGGAUCGGAACAAACCAAAACUCAACUGGAAAAAAAAAUGGAACCUCUCGGACUAAGAAGUUGAUAGACUUUGUCGGCGGCGAGGAUACCUGGGUUUUCGUUUCAGGGGCGAGGUGGGAGAAAAAGAGGGGGUGUCCGCGGAUUUUGUGGUGCUCAACGGCAGCCCGCUCUACCUCUUUUUUCCUUUUUUUUUCUCCAUUUAAUCGUUUUUCAACGCGCUCACACAGGGGGGAAAAAGUGUACAGAAACCGUUGCGUGCGCCGUGUUUGCUCCCGAGACUUUGAAAGGAAGGAAACCGAGAAACGAAAGAGAAGAAGAGGGAAAGGGGGGGAAAACAAAAAGAAAGCUGGAUUUUAAAAGCGGAACUGAGAAAAAGCAAAUGAAAAUGUUGGAGAUUUGCCUGAAAUUGGUGGGGUGUAAAUCGAAAAAAGGCCUCUCCUCCUCUUCCAGCUGCUACUUGGAAGAAGCUCUCCAGCGACCCGAUCUGGAGCCCCAGGGCCUGACGGAAGCCGCACGCUGGAACUCCAAAGAGAACCUGCUGUCCGGGCCCAGCGAGAAUGACCCCAACCUGUUCGUAGCACUGUAUGACUUUGUGGCCAGCGGGGACAACACCCUCAGCAUCACAAAAGGGGAGAAGCUCCGGGUCCUGGGCUACAACCACAAUGGCGAGUGGUGCGAGGCGCAGACCAAGAACGGCCAGGGCUGGGUGCCCAGCAACUACAUCACCCCGGUGAACAGCCUGGAGAAGCACAGCUGGUACCAUGGGCCGGUGUCGCGCAACGCGGCCGAGUACCUGCUGAGCAGCGGCAUCAAUGGCAGCUUCCUGGUGCGGGAGAGUGAGAGCAGCCCGGGACAGAGGUCCAUCUCGCUGCGCUAUGAGGGCCGAGUCUACCACUACCGCAUCAACACCGCCUCCGACGGCAAGCUGUAUGUGUCGUCCGAGAGCCGCUUCAACACGCUGGCGGAGCUGGUGCACCACCACUCAACGGUGUCGGACGGCCUGAUCACCACGCUGCACUACCCCGCCCCCAAGCGCAACAAGCCCACCAUCUACGGCGUGUCGCCCAACUACGACAAGUGGGAGAUGGAGCGCACCGACAUCACCAUGAAGCACAAGCUGGGCGGCGGGCAGUACGGGGAGGUGUACGAGGGCGUGUGGAAGAAGUACAGCCUCACCGUCGCCGUCAAGACUCUCAAGGAGGACACCAUGGAGGUGGAGGAGUUUCUGAAGGAGGCGGCGGUCAUGAAGGAGAUCAAACACCCCAACCUGGUGCAGCUGCUGGGCGUGUGCACACGGGAACCGCCCUUCUACAUCAUCACGGAGUUCAUGACCCACGGGAACCUGCUGGACUACCUGCGCGAGUGUAACCGCGAGGAGGUGAACGCCGUGGUGCUCCUCUACAUGGCCACGCAGAUCUCCUCCGCCAUGGAGUACCUGGAGAGGAAGAAUUUCAUCCACAGGGACCUGGCUGCCCGGAACUGCCUGGUGGGGGAGAACCACCUGGUGAAGGUGGCGGAUUUCGGACUGAGCCGCCUCAUGACGGGGGACACCUACACAGCGCAUGCCGGUGCCAAGUUCCCCAUCAAGUGGACCGCCCCGGAGAGCCUGGCCUACAACAAGUUCUCCAUCAAGUCUGACGUGUGGGCGUUUGGGGUGCUGCUGUGGGAGAUCGCCACCUAUGGGAUGUCCCCCUACCCGGGGAUCGACCUGUCCCAGGUCUACGAGCUGCUGGAGAAGGACUACCGCAUGGAUCGGCCCGAGGGCUGUCCGGAGAAGGUGUACGAGCUGAUGCGGGCCUGCUGGAAGUGGAACCCUGCAGAGAGGCCGUCCUUUGCCGAGACUCACCAGGCAUUCGAGACCAUGUUCCAGGAGUCCAGCAUCUCAGACGAGGUGGAGAAGGAGCUGGGAAAGAAGGGGAAGAAGGUAACGCUGGGGUCCACCCAGCAGGCGCCAGAGCUGCCCACCAAAACCAGGACCCUGCGGAGGAACAUGGACAACAGGGACGGGGACAGUCCAGACGCUGCAGAGCCCGAGGUGGCCGUGUCGCCCAUGCUGCCCAGGAAGGAGCGGCCGUUCCUGGACAGCAACGAGGACGACCGUCUGCUGCCCAAAGACAAGGACAAGUCCCGCACCAGCCUGUUCAACCUCAUCAAGAAGAAGAAGAAGACGGCGCCGGCCCCGCCCAAGCGCAGCAGCUCCUUCCGCGAGAUGGACGGCCACGCUGAGCGGCGGGCGGCGGCCGCCGAGUCCCGCGAUGACUUCAACAACGGCUCUUCCCUCUUCAACGACUCCACCCACAGCGUCGACCCCAGCAAGUUCAUGGGGGCCAACAACAACGGGGCCGGCGGCGGGGGCAUCACCAACGGGGCCCCCGCCUUCCCAGGCCCCCCGGGGCCCUUCCCCCCGCACUCCCGCAGGAAGGCGCCCCCUGCGGCGUCGGGGGCGGGGCCCAAGCCGGCCUCCACUCCCCCGGGCGAGGACGACCCCGUGUCCAACUCGAAGCGCUUCCUCCGCUCCUCGUCAGCCUCCAGCAUGCCCCCGGGCUCCGAGCGCGGCGUCGAGUUUAAGUCCGUCACGCUGCCUCGUGACCUGCAGUCCCGCCACUUCGACUCGGGCACCUUCGGCGGCCGCCACGACAAGCCCGCUCUGCCCCGCAAGUCGGCCCCGCGCGUGGGCACCCUCACCCCGCCCCCGCGGCUGCCCAAGAAGGCUGAGGACGCGCCGGACGAGGUGUUCCGGGACACGGAGUCGAGCCCCGGGUCCAGCCCGCCGACGCUGACGCCUAAGCUGGGCCGUCGCCCGCAGGUGCCGAGCGACGGCAGCAGGACCAGCGCGCUGCAGGCCGAGCUGCUCAAGCCCAACGUGUUCCCUGCACUGGGCGCCGCCGGCGAGGAAUGCCGCGCCCGUCGCCAGAAGCACGCCCUCGACCACGCGCUGAACAAGGACAAGGCCAAGUUCCAGAAGCCCAAACCCGCGCCUCCUCCACCCCCGCCCUCCUCCGCCAAGUCAGGGAAGAUCUCCCGCAGCCCCACCCACGACGCGCCCCCGGACACCAAAGCCAAAGCCCCCGACCCCCACCCCGCCGAGCAUACGAGGUCCUCCUUGCCACUAGAGGGCAGCAAAAAGCCCGGCCUGACCACCGCCUCCAAGCUGCAGCUGCCGAAGACGGGUGUGGCGGCAUCCCCGGGCCAGCCCCAGGCGGGGACGGGGCCGCUACCGGGGCCCGCGGGGGGCGAGCAGGCCUCCCCCACGGCCCUCAUCCCGCUGACGAUCACCCGCCGCUCGCUGCGGAAGACCCGGCAGCCGGCGGAGCGGCAGCCCAGCUCGGCCGUCACGCGGGAGAUGGUGCUGGAGGGCGCAGAGCAGCUGCGUGCCGCCAUCGGCCGCAACGCAGAGCAGACGGGCAGCCACGGCGCCGUGCUGGAGGCCGGCAAGAACCUGUCCAAGUUCUGCGUCAGCUACGUGGAGUCCAUUCAGCAGAUGCGCAACAAGUUCGCCUUCCGCGAGGCCAUCAACAAGCUGGAGAACAGCCUGCGGGAGCUGCAGAUCUGCCCUGCCGCCACCGGGGGCAGCGCCGCGCCCCAGGACUUCACCAAGCUGCUGUCCUCCGUCAAGGAGAUCAGCGACAUCGUGCAGAGGUAGCGGCGGGGCCGGGGAGGGGGCCCGACGUCCUGCUGCCGAAAACCGCCACGUGGAGCCGACGGUCUGGAGGGUGCCUGGCCGGAGAGCGGGGGGGCCGCUGGCCGCUUGUAGCGUAAGACUCAACCCUGCUGUUCUCACCGGUGGAAAGAAGGCGUGGCAAAAAAAAAAAUCAAAUAAAAUCACAUAAAUAAAAGAAAUAAAUACACACAAAGCAAGGCAGGGUUCUGUGCACAGAAUCAAAGGAACCUUUUUUUAAAAAAAAAAAUUAGUUGUAUUUUUUUGAUAAAUAUUUAAAAUGAAAAAAACAACACAAAGAAGCUUUGACCGAAAGGCUCUCUUGCCCAUUUCUGCAUCCACUUGAAGUGAUGUAUUUAACAGAAUGAUCAAUUCAUAAUUUCCUAUAUCAUAAAUACUGUUUUUUUUUAGUGUUGAAUAGGGCUGUCACAUGCAGUUUUUUAAAAACUGGCAGGAGGAGGGCCGAGAUUCCUCAUUUGACCCACUUUUGUCGGAGCUCGGCUGUGUGGACGGAGCUUUCGUUUGGAGCGGCCCGCGAGGGACGAUGAGCUGGUCAUUUGUGCGAUUCGAGGAGAGCGAGAGAGAUCUGUCAGCAGUGCUGUGAAGUGGCUGGAGUCUGCAGAACAGACAAAAAGCUGUCCUUACGAAAGGGGCAGACCAGGGAGUUCCCAUAAUUCCUCAGUAUUUUCUUCCAGUGACCAUCCCAAGCGUUUUUCGGCAUGAUGUCGUAGCGCCCCCCCCCCCCCACAGCUGCAUCUUUUGUGAACUCUGACGGGUGUCCCGAUGGUCACAGGAGCCAGAGGCGAGGGCCCAGGGUUCGAUUUCGUGCCUUCAGUGGAGCUACAGGAACGUGCCGUGGAGGGGAUCCCAGAACAGAAUGACAGGGUGUCUUUUUCUUCUGUGCACAGUUCUCUGAGGGGAAAAAAAAGUGCCUUAAACUCGACCAAUAGAAUCACAGCCCGGAAACACAAAGACUGCCAAUCAAAUCAGAGCCAUGUGGCCUUAUCAGACUCUUUUUAUGUUUAAUUCAUUACAUCAUCGUGUGCUUGCCAAACAAUAUCAAAGACUGAUGCCUGAUCGCAUUACAAACACUACUGUCUCCCGGAGGUGUGGAGAAGGACCAGGAAGCAAGCUCGGACUAUAGUGUAUUGGAAUGUUUUUGUUUGUUUAUUUUUAACUUUAAUGUUAUGUCCUCAAAAAGGAACCAGAGGCCUUGAUUCGGCGAGCGAUUUUAGGGUGCUGCGUGUUAAUGCUUCUACCAACUUCUGCCAACUUUGCAAAAGCUUUAAUCUGGCUACCUCCACCUCCUGUGUGCUUAAUGUGUAAUAUAUUAUGUGCCCACAGGGUGGCGUAGUUUAGCCGUUUUAACAGCUUCUGUGAGGUUUGCGGGUGAAAUUCACUAUAUACGCCCUGUCCUAAAUUCGCGGCGCGAGUCAGAGCCGCCGCCAUGCAGGCGGUGGUUAUUACAGAAAUAAUAAUGUACAUACUUACCGAACCAAUGAAAUACGUCACUUUGUACUCAGCGUCUAUCUUACUAAGAUGUUCCUUUUUUCAUUUUAUUUCAUCGUGUAAACAGUGUAUUUGAUGUUUCAGUAUUAGUUGUGCUGUUUUCCGAUAAAAUUUUGCCCUCUCUGACUGCGACGACUGAGGGCACAUCCAACCACAAGCUGCCUUUACUUCUCAACACGGUACUGUUAAUGUCCACUCUUUUUCUCCUUUAAUUUUUUUUUUUAUGUAAAAUUAUCA